AUGGGAAACAGCGAGAGCAGGCCAGCAGACAAGCGGUCGCGCGAAAGGGCGAGCGUAGUGUCGGGACGAAGCAGCAACGGAUCCGUGGCGCAGCUUAUUGCGAGGGAGCGAUCCGCAACUGUCGGCAGCAUGAUGUCCUCUCGUCGCAACCCCAUGAUCGCUGCCGCUGCUGCUGGAAAUGUCGAGCUCGUCGCACGACUUUUGGCAAGCGGGGUGGACAGAAAUGGCUGCUGCUCCACAGGCAAGACCCCGCUAAUGGCGGCAGCGAGAGGAGGACACGUGGCGGUCGUCACGCUGCUGCUGAUAAACGACGCCUCGCUGCUGCGAUUUGAUAAGACCAGCGCGCGAUCGUGCCUGCACAUGGCGGCUCGCGCGGGCAGCGCGGAGUGCGUCGAGGCUGUCUUGGUGGCGGCCAAGGCGUCGCACGAACUGCGCAACUCAUGGGGCUACCGUCGCUUCGUCAACGCGCGCGACGCCACGGGGUGCACGGCGCUGCAUCUAGCGGCAGCAGCGGGUGCGGAGGGCGCGGUGCGCGUGCUACUGCGGGAGGGCGCGGCGGUCAGCAUCACGACGGCGUCGACGGGCCACGCUCCCGGGAACCACGCGCUGCACAUGGCCGCGCGGAGCGGGAGCGUGGGGACGGUGUUGGCGCUGCUGGCGUGGGGCGCGGACAGAACCGCGCUCAACCACUCCAAGAUGACGCCGCACGCCUUGGCAGUGCGCGCGGAGCGGGAGCGCGGGUGGAAAGCGCGCGUGGAAGCGGGGAAGAACGCGCUCGCGGAGAAGGGGGUGCGCGCGGAGAGGCGCGGCAGUGCACGCGCGGGUGGGGGGAAGAGCGGCUCCGGUGGUGCCAGCGCCAGCGCCGGCGGCGGCGGCGUCCUCCCACAAUGCGAUUUCAAGCGCGUGGUGGCGCUCCUGAACCCUAAGUCCCCCGCGCCCCUGGUGUGGCCCUCCCCCUGGGCGCAGCUGCUCGCGCGCGCGCCCCCCCAGGUAGUCUGGCUGCUCCGCGCUGCCCUGGCGCAGGCGGGGGGGGAGGAUGCGGAAGGGGAAGGGGGAGGAGGGCAGCGGGAAGUAAAAGGGGAAACGGAAGGGGUGAAGGGUAGCGGCGUGAAGAGGAGGGAGGAUGGGGUGAGUGAGCGGUUGUGCGACAUUCGUGGUGGCGGUGGCAGCGGUAGCAGAGGCGGCAGAUGCGGUGUGGAUGGUGAUGGUGAUGGUGGUGGGGAUGUCGUUAGAGAGGGUUGGGUGGAGGGCCGAAGUGGCAGCAGAGGCAUGGGCAUGGGUGCUGGCACAGGCGGGGAGGUGAGUGAGGAGAGGGGGGCGCAUGAAGCGUUGGAGCAUGCGGCAGAGCAGGGUGAAGGGGGGAAUGUAACGGCGGGGAGCAGGCAUGGGGAGGGGUGUGGAGGGCGCGAGGGGGGUGGGGCUGGGAGGACGAGAGAGGAGGAGGGAGAGGGAGGGGAGUCUGGGGAGUGUGGUAGGGUUGAUAGAGAGAUGGGAGAGGGUGUGUGUGCGGGUGUGGAGUCAGGAAUGGGGGGGAUGUUUGAGGUGGGUCAAAAGAGAAUGGAGGAAGGACAGGGAGCGCAGGGAGCGCAGGGAGGGCAGGGAGGCGAGGGAGGGGAGGACGGGCAGGAGGCGCAGGAGGCACAGGAGGCACAGGGAGGGGUGGGUGGUGGUCAGAAACAGGUGGAGAGUACAAGAGGAGUGGUGAAGGCAGAGGUGGAAGAAGGGAGUGCAGGGGAGGGGGGAGAAGGCAGAGAGAAUGGCAGUGGCAGUGGCAGUGGUGGUGGCAGUGAUAUACGGUGCAUGGUUCCGACUGUAUGCCCCCUGGUAGCUUCAGAGAGGUGGAAUGGGGUAGAAAGCGGUGCAGUGGAGGGCGGAGCGGGCGGGAGAGAAGGCCGGGCAGAGCAGCAGGAGGAGCACCCAGUGGAGGGGCAAGCAGGGAAUGCAGAUGGAGAGUUGUGGGAACGAAGUCUGGGCGAGUUAACAGGGAUGACAGCACAGAAAAAGGAUCGGCGAGGGGUGAGAGUGAUGGCACGGGAGCAGGUGGGGAGGGUGGAGGACGGACGGAGGGAUGGAGAUCUGGCGGUGGGGGACGAUGGGAGCCGGAGGGGGAGCGGAGGGGAGGCCGAUGGCAGUCGGGCAGAGCAGCAGUGCCACUACUAG